AUGUCUGUUAAAGAAGCUGCUAAAACACUUGUGAAACUAUUGGAUGCUGUUCCAAAAGAAAGAUUGACAACUUUAUCUUUGAAAGAAGUUCAACUUUAUAGAUAUAGACCAUUAGCCGGAUUGAAAAAUCCAGAAAACAAUCAAAAGGCAUCUAUUUCAGAUAUUGUUGCUAAAGUAAAUCCAUAUUCUAUUAAAGAACCACAAUUAACUAAAGAAGAACAUGUUACAGAAGAAGAUAUUUUACAACAAAUCAAAUCAUUGAAAAGUAUAAAUAGUAAUCAAUAUAGAGAUUAUUAUAAUCCAGGUGAUAAAUUAUUAAAACCAAAAGGUCAUCCAGAAUAUUAUGAAAGAUUAUUAGCUGAAAUUAAUGGUGAAAGUAAAGAAAACUUAAUCACUGGUAUGAGAACUGUUAUGUUGGGUAAAUAG